CCAUCCCUCGCUCUCCACCCUCCCUGCCCUUCACGCAACGUCCGCCCGGCUGCCAAUUCGUGUCGAGUAACGGGGAGAGGGAUAUGGAGGGAGGGGGGUAGACAGGGAGGAAAGGAGCAAAGGGCUGUGAGUGAUGGGACAGACAGACAGACAGACAGACAGACCGGUGAUUGAGACACCAUGCCUGAGAUACACUACACCGCACGAUGAAUGAAUGGAGCAGACGUAUGUAUCGGUAACUCGAUCCCCCAACCAAGCAAAUACAUGCAUACCGCAAAGGUGGGGGCUGAAGCUGUACAUGCAUCUUUGUCAUCCAUCAGCAGCAAAAGUGUCUCACAUCCAUCCCACGAAUGAAUCCCUCCGUCCAUUCCAUGCAUAUGCGUCCGUCCAUCCAUCCCCCUCUCGGAUAUCCGUGGGGUCACACGUGCACGGAUAAAAAUCUUGCACCCUGUCUGCCUGCCGUCCCUACACACAUCGAUAUCCACCCCACCCGGGGCUGCCUGCCUGCCUGCCUGCCUGCCUGUACAAGACUCCUCUCAGUCCAUCUACUUAUCCACUGUCUGUCUGAGUGUCGGCUGCUACCAUAGCGUCAUGCAUGUGGUGUGCGUGCGUGUGUCAUCUGUGUUGGCUGUGCUGUCUAGAUUAGAUGUCUUCGUCGAACUCGGUGUGGUUGAGCUUCAGAUAGCCCUCCUCCUGCUGACGCAAAUACUCGUUGCCAAAACCAGCCUGCAUCCAUCAACCGCACACACACACAAACGACCAGAGGGUGGAUGUGCCAUUCGUUCGUCAAUCGGUGUGUCCAUGUAUGUAUGUUGGCUGGCUGGCAGGCUGACUGACCAGUCCGCCCAGGAGUGCGCCGAUUGGGUAGCAGUAGUGUUCCUCCCUGAGUAGUGCCAGUCUGAUUUGGUAGGCCACCUCGUCCUCCACGUCCAUGACGCCAAAGAUGAACCCAAACAGACCGCCCAUGACCAACGCUAUCGACAACACCAGCAUCACCUGACCACACCACACACACAACACACGCACACAGAUGCAUAAUCAAUCGUCAGCCGUGGCCCUGCGUGUGUGUGUGUGUGUGUGUGAGUGUGCCUACCUGGCUCUUUGAUUCGACGAGCGGCUUUGCCCCGUUGGGCUGCAGGAAGCCCAGGAAGUAGUUGAUGAGGUCCACGACUGAGAAUGUGAGUGCAAAGGCCACCGAGACGCCCAGGAUGGUGUAGAGGGGCACCUUGGCCAAAGGCGACAGACCCACAAACCAAUUCCGCUCCAAAACGAAACACAGCAGGCCCGACACCACGAUCUGACACACAUGGAGCAAAGGGACCAUACCAUGAUGGAUGGCUGUCUCUCUCCCCGUUGGUGGCGUGGCGUACCAUGACAGCGAAUCCGGUGAGCUGUUUUUUCCUCUGCUGUGCCUCCUCGUUGGCGUGGCCGAGGAUGCGCCACAGAAUGACGCUGCCGACCGUGAUAAACAGCACGCCGAAAUACUGACACACCAGGCAGACAGACAAGGGACAGCAGCACACACACGCACACACACACACGGGCAGCAGCAAUGCAUCCACAAUCAACGCGUGUGUGUCUGCUCUCCGUGAGUACCACAGAGAAGAAUGGGCUGAGUGAGAUUUCGACGAGUGUGCAGUUGACGACGAGGCUGAUGAUGAUGCCCAUGACCACACCGACAGCGGCAGACAAGGACCCCUUCCACACCAGCUCCUUGCUCAUCCUCAGCUGCAGCGGCGCCUUCGGCAUUUUUGACGAGUGAUGAUGAUUUGAUUGAAGAUCUCUCCCACCACACACAAGAUGAGCAGGACGUUGCUGAUCAGAUCUGCC